CGACGCCCCCGCCAAGGGGAGAAAGCUUAGAUUUCGUCAUCCUCCCCCUACGCACCCAUUUUUGAGAGAGAAGCGUUGCGACAAUUGUUGUAUGGAUUCGGUGUUGGUUCGGAUGACCGGGAGCGCGGGAUCUUGCCCGUGUUCAUCACGUACCUCCGCUCUUCUCAUUUCGCUACCGACCUUCCCCAUCACAGAUGACGACAGUGUCUACUGCGAUGCGGACGUAUGGCGCGCGCUGAGGCGGAUGGAGCAAGUGUGUUGGCAAGACCCGCCUCGGGCUUGCGAGAUAAGGGGGAACGGGUUUGUGUUGAUUGAUCGCUUUGAUUCCCCGACUCUAAUAUUGCCUUAUACGGGUUUAAUGGUGUUGCACUGGGAGCAAGAUGAACCAUCGCCAGCAGAGCAUGAGCCCCUCGAGCAUUUCCAGACGCCGCUUGCAGAUCGCCUGUUGCGGCAUCAGCUCAGUAAGGAGAGGCAGUUGCAGUACGACAUUCAACAGGUGAACGUGCCGACGCCCGGGGUUGCGGAUUUGGCGGCGUACUCGUUGCUUUGUGAUCGACUGAUGUAUGCGGGGGUGUACGUGGACGUGACGCAGUUGCCUGGCCGGGAGACGACCCGAGUAUUCAUUGAGUUCCGUGCGCUCCAGGUGGCACCCAACUUCAUGCACAGCGUCGCCGCCUUCAUUGGAGACUUGACGGUCCUACCGCAGCAGAAUCGGGAGCCGGCGCGCAGCUUUGUGCGCGAAUACGCGGUGGAAGCGGCCAGAUCAGUGGCCAGAGUGCAAGGACGGGGGGACACCGAUUCACAGCCCACAAAGUGCUGCUACGGCCCUUACCCCAUGCGCGAGUUCUCGGAGUAUUUGGUGGAGUUAACUGACGUGGAGCCGCUGCCCUUCGCCGACGAAGACGCGUGGGAGUUGCACCGUGCGCUGUACAAGUCGGUGGCGCUGGGGAUGUUCCGGUUCUUCGUGGAUCACGAAGACCACGCUAUCGGGGAGCACUUCGUCGUUUACCACGUCAUCGCGCGGCCCAAGCCAGCGGAGAAGGAAGGGACGGUGGCGCUGUACCCCUUCGCCCCGCUCCAGACAAUCGAUCCGGGAUUGUUGGAGCUCAUACAUCUUGAGCUCCUCUCCAUUGCACAAGUGAUCGCGCGCGAGGAGGAGGAGAUCCAACCACGAUUGCGGACGGCGACGGCCCCGCGGAGAACGUACAACGCGGUCGUCAUCCCGGAUUACGUUGCGCAGCGCGCGGAGAGAUUGGAGGACUUCCUAGAGGAAAGGUCGUUGCAUCCUCCCUCGUUGUAUCCUCGACCAGCGCCACCGAAGGCCCCCAAGAAGACGCCGAAGAGGAAGAGACGCCACCCGUCGCCAGGAGCGCAAGGCAGCAGGAUCGCCGGCGGCGAGGAGGUGAUUCAGCCUGCGUGUACGCGGAUUCCUGACCCUGUGCCUGGGAGUGCGGCGACGCUCGUUAAGGAGACUAUCGUGCCAUCGCCGCCCAUUCCGUGUGUGCCCGAUCUCAAUCUUGAUGGAGCCGGGCCAUCAUCAUCAUCAGCAGCCGGAGGAGGAAGCCGAAUGGGAUUUCCGGAUCCCAUAUCCAGACCCCCCGUCCUCGCGGGACCUCUCCGUUCCCGCCAGCCACCCUGAGGUGCCCCGGUCAUUGACAUUAGUAGUUCAUCCGAGCCGGACGGUCCAUCCGACCGA